AUGCUCCGCUUUGCCAGCGCCGUGGGUCACGGGCGACCACCACUGCCACGGAUCCCGAGCAAUGGCCUUGCGACUCGCACAUCUACGCCAGCCGCCAGCGGCGCCCGGGCGUGUGGAGCGCUGCACGCUGAGCCUGCACACCGAUGCGAAUCCGCCUUCGCCAAGACAGCUCAAGCUCAGCGCCCAGCCAGCCGCCGAUGGCUGCACACAUCUGCUGCCAUGACUGCAUCACUACUCAGCCACACCGGCACAAGCGCCCGGGCGCACACUGCAGGCCAGGUCCCCAUCCCGCUGCGAUGCGGCUCCACUCAAGCCCCACCCUCGACGACGGCACCCUUCCCGCUGACCUCAACCCCGAUACGACCUGCUACAACAUCCAGUACUAGCAGCACCAGUAAUCCUGGCUCGCUGGGAGUCAUGCAAGUUUACAACACCAUCAAGAGCCGGUACUCGCAACCAGACCAGAUUGUCCUCUUCCAGUUUGGCAAGUUCUUCGAGCUCUACGGACAGGACGCCGAGACAGGAGCAUCGACGCUCAACAUACAGCUCACGUCCAAAGACGGCCUCAAGUUUGCAGGAUUCCCGGCGGCAAACUCGCUCAAUCGGAUUGCCCAGCUCGUCAAGGCUGGAUUCACUGUGGUUGAGGUCUGUGAGAUUGAAGGCUUGGAGCAAGGGGGUCUCAGAUACCGGGCAGUCACGCGGAUUAUCAGUCGCGGUAACCAGAUCGAUCUCAUCGACAGCGAUGCUGAAAACAACGUCGUGUACUUGCACGGAGCGUCGUCGUCGACAUCCCAUCGAAUCGGCGUUGUCUGGAGCGAUCUGUCCACCGCCGAGCUCUACGCCGGAAGCAUUUCGCCAAGCAGGCUGCCCGAGCUACUAUCGUCGCUUCGGCCGGUUGAGCUCGUUGUCGAGAGCGCAGCGUUGAAAGAUCUGGUUCGCCAGUUCAUGAACGCGGCCGCUGCAGUACCAGCCGUCACUGCACUGGAAGCCAACGCCAUCAAUGGCAUGCUUGCGUGGCUCGAGUCCAGAUACCCCAUGCCGACACACCGCAUCAAGCUCCUCGGUUUGCACCACCGCCCGGCCCUGGACCAAGAUCCCUCGCAGCACCGCGCUCUACACCACCAGCCCAUGCAAGUGGAUCCCGUUAGCUGCGCGGCUCUGGAGCUGUUUGAACCGGUUCCAGGCAACGCCGCCUCCUCCACUCUGUUUGCGACCAUCAAGCACACACAGACGUCGAUGGGAGGUCGAUUGCUGCGACGGUCGCUCAUGGAGCCCCUGACCGACAUUGAGCUCAUUCGCAAGCGGCAAGACCACACUGCCUUCUUUAUGUUUGACGAACCGCGUCGCAACCGCGUUCGAUCCACGUUUGGCGGCAUCAAGGAUGUUCCACGCACGCUGGGCAGCAUUUUCCGGCACGGCGUGAAGAUCUGGCGGUUUGCGAAUCACGUUGCAGACCUCAUCGACUCGCUCGCGGCUGCUGCGGGCGUUGCGACCACCAUUCGUGAGCAGUUUUCGUUGCCCAAUAGUCCCACGUUGGACGCCGAGCUGCUCAAGCCGCUCGAGGAUGCGCGUGUUCAAGCCCUGUGCAAGUAUUUGUCAACGUACGUUGGACUGGCUGAGACAGCGACUGCAUCGCUUGCUGCUGCUGCUGCUACGACGUCUGCAACCUCAGCUCCCAGCGCGUCGGCAAAGAAAUCAUCCUCUUCAAGCAAGCGCAAGAAAGCCUCGUCACCAGCCAACGCCGCAGUCCCUGCCGUGCCCGUCGCUGCUGGCAACGCCGAUCUCGCCAUGGAUGAACCGCAAGAUCCUGACGACGAGGAGCGACCCCGCUAUGUCUUGGUGUCGCAGCGCAUCCAGGAACUGCACUCGAAGCGAGCCUCGUACCUUGAGGACUUGAACCAACUCGUCCAGGGCUACUCGACCAUCGAUCGCGGCAUGACACCUGCCAUGCUGGUCGACGCUCGCGACGGCUGCCUGAUUGUCAGCGAGUUUGCAACACCAGACAUUUUGAAGAGUUCGCCAGAUCUCACCAUUGUGCGCACCAGUGCCCGGGCACCGCGCGACGCCUUCUCUCCCUACGCUCGGCUCAACCCCGGAGUUAAGCGACCCGCUCUGAGCGGUCGCGUCAGUGUCCUGUCUUCUCCUCGACUGCAAGAGUUCCGGCGCCAGCAUGUUGAAAUGGACGACGAAAUGCUUCAAGCCCAGGAGCAGGUGCGGCAAGACAUUUGCAGCAGGAUCCAAGCCGAAAUCGCCGUGAUCACGGCCGCAAGCGAGUCCAUCUCGCAGAUAGAUGUGGCCAUCUCGCACGCGCACACCGCCCAACGAUACGACUGGACACGCCCGACACUGGUCUCCGCGAGCGGUGUGCUUGACAUUCGUGGCGGCUUCCACCCCGUCCUCGAUGCGCUGCAGAUGAAGGAUUCCGCAACCGCCAACCAAGUGAGCUUUACGCCCAACGACUGCGUCAUGUCCGUCGCCGAGCCUGCCCGCGGCGUCCAAGCUGCUCCGUCACCAAACAACACGGCCCCUGCGCGAGCUGCCCACUGCUGGAUUAUCACGGGCGCAAACAUGGGUGGCAAGUCGACCUUUAUGCGUCAGAACGCCCUCAUUGUGCUCCUCGCGCAAAUGGGCAGCCACGUUCCAGCGCUGUCAGCUACCAUCGGCAUUGUGGAUCGGCUGUUUACGCGUGUGGGCGCCUCUGACAACCUGGUCAAGCACAAGUCGACGUUCAUGGUCGAAAUGUCCGAGACGGCUCGCAUUUUGCGCGAGGCGACGAGCCGCUCGUUUGUGAUUGUGGACGAGAUUGGACGCGGCACGUCCACGACGGACGGCGUUGCGCUGUCCUGGGCGGUGCUGUCGUAUCUGCACACGAAAACGCGGUGCCGAAUGCUGUUUGCCACGCACUUUCUCGAAGUCGCGCAACGGUGCCAGGAGCACCCGCAGCUGCUCCGCAAUGCGGCCUGUCACAUGGUGCGCGUGCUUCACUCGACCGAGGGACAGCCCAGCUUUACCCAUCAGAUUGUUCCGGGCGUGGCGCUCCGUUCCUACGGCAUUGAGGUGGCUGAGCUUGCGGGGCUUCCAGCUGCUGUUGUGGACGAGGCGCGCUGGAUUGCCGGCCAACUCCAGCAAGAGCAGGAGGCACGCAAGGGCGUGUUUUCCACCCUGAGUGAUCACCAUGUCUCUGGGUAG